UGCCUUUAUAAAGUGGUGCGCCACACCGACAGCAAGCAGUUACUGCAUCGACUCUUAGCCGUCGACGAAGGUAACCAAACCGCAUCAAGAAACCCAAUUUCCCUUUGUGUGAGCUGACCAUCUAAACAUCUCAAAAUGCGUGAGUGUAUCUCCAUCCACGUUGGCCAGGCUGGCGUCCAGAUUGGCAAUGCCUGCUGGGAGCUGUACUGCCUUGAGCAUGGCAUUCAGCCGGACGGUCAGAUGCCCAGUGACAAGACCAUCGGCGGAGGGGACGACUCCUUCAACACCUUUUUCAGCGAAACAGGAGCUGGCAAGCACGUCCCCAGAGCAGUGUUCGUGGAUCUGGAGCCCACUGUGAUUGACGAGGUUCGUACCGGCACUUACCGCCAGCUGUUCCACCCUGAGCAGCUCAUCACUGGAAAGGAAGAUGCUGCCAACAACUACGCUCGUGGGCAUUACACCAUCGGCAAGGAAAUCAUCGACCUGGUUCUCGACAGGAUCCGCAAACUGGCUGACCAGUGCACUGGUCUCCAGGGCUUCCUGGUGUUCCACAGCUUUGGAGGUGGUACCGGUUCUGGUUUCACCUCCUUGCUGAUGGAGCGCCUUUCUGUCGACUACGGCAAGAAGUCCAAGCUGGAGUUCUCCAUCUACCCAGCUCCACAGGUGUCCACCGCUGUGGUGGAGCCCUACAACUCCAUCCUGACCACCCACACCACCCUCGAGCACUCCGACUGUGCUUUCAUGGUGGACAAUGAGGCCAUCUACGACAUCUGUCGUAGGAACCUCGAUAUCGAGCGUCCUACCUACACCAACCUCAACAGGCUGAUCAGCCAGAUUGUGUCCUCCAUCACCGCCUCCCUCCGAUUCGAUGGUGCCCUCAAUGUUGAUCUGACCGAGUUCCAGACCAACUUGGUGCCCUACCCUCGUAUCCACUUCCCUCUGGCCACCUACGCCCCAGUCAUCUCCGCUGAGAAAGCUUACCACGAGCAGCUCUCAGUGGCAGAGAUCACCAAUGCUUGCUUUGAGCCUGCAAAUCAGAUGGUGAAAUGUGACCCACGUCACGGCAAGUACAUGGCCUGCUGCCUGCUGUACCGUGGUGACGUCGUACCCAAAGACGUCAACGCCGCCAUCGCCACCAUCAAGACCAAGCGUACCAUCCAGUUCGUGGACUGGUGCCCAACUGGUUUCAAGGUCGGUAUCAACUACCAGCCCCCCACUGUGGUGCCCGGCGGUGACCUGGCCAAAGUCCAGAGAGCCGUGUGCAUGCUUAGCAACACCACAGCUAUCGCAGAGGCCUGGGCCAGGCUCGACCACAAGUUCGACCUGAUGUACGCCAAGCGUGCCUUCGUGCACUGGUACGUAGGAGAGGGUAUGGAGGAGGGAGAGUUCUCUGAGGCCAGAGAGGAUAUGGCGGCUCUGGAGAAGGAUUAUGAGGAGGUGGGUGUUGAUUCCAUUGAGGGUGAGGGAGAGGAGGAGGGAGAGGAGUAUUAAACAAGAUGUUCUCCCAACCCAGUCACUAGUAUGCUAUCACACAUCAGGAGAUUUUCAGCACUGAUCCAGUAGUAUGAGAGCAUUCUCACACAGUCCUGCUUUCUCUUAUAAAUGUUCAGUUUAUCUGAAGUCUGUUCACUGAUGCUAUGAUGUGUUGAUGAUGGGAUGUCAUGUUGAUAGAAAUGGUUUUCAACUUGCUGUUAUACUCUUGCUCUCCUGAGAAAGAUAAACACACUUGUCUGUCAUCUUCUGACUGUGAUGCACAAUAAAUUAUUGAGGGAAAAUAA